AUGGUUGCUCGGGAAGGCCUGGAGUUCGGUCCAGCCUUCCAGCACAUGCAGGAGAUCUACACCCCCGCAGCAAAGGGGACUCUCUACGCCGAAGUGUGUACACGGACACUUACCCCGGUCAUCGAAGGUACCGCACAAUUGCAUCCGCGCUACAUAUUGCAUCCUACACUCGAAGGCGCCAUGCUUCAGGUCUCUUUGGUCGCGUGCAUCGGUGGCUCCUUCCUGUCUGUAGUUGCCAGGGUGCCCACCAGACUUGGAAACGUGAGCAUUCGCUCGUCCAGAGCAUCGCAAGACGGCGGCGUCAUCCGGUCGACCUCCAAAGUAAGCGGGUUGAGCACUCAGCAGGCGGAUACUGCGUUCGGACGAGAUACGAUACCCUAUAUCACCAGUAAUCUGGAGACCGUCUGCUUAACAGCAGCGCUCGAACAUGCCAUCUCAGUGUCGCACUUUGGGUGUUUUGGCCACUGGGCACAUCUCCUAGCUGCUAUCGAUCUGGUAGUGCAUAAGAACCCCGACUCGCAUAUCCUGUGUCUCUCAACAGACUUGGCCCUUAUAACCGUGCUAUUGACAGAGGUCCUGGAUGCUUCAAGCCUUCACAGACGAUUCAAUUCGUUUUUCCUAGGCAGAGUGGUCUCGAAUGGGGUGCUAGAGGUUGCAGAAGUCCGGGGCCAUAGUGUGCCCUUGGGUCUCAAGACGCUAAAAUAUGACAAGCCGGUAUCUGGCAUUGAAUUCUCACUCGUGAUCCUUGGGUCUGAUGGGGUGAUAUUGGAUAAGACGCCGGCCUCUUACACAAGUGCUGGUACUACAUUCUUACUUGCGCCCUCUCUCGACGAUGGCAGUGAGCUGAUGCGGGACCGGUUCUCAGUGCUACGGUCUCACUCAAAUUCCGGUCAUAACGUGCAAUUGUUCGUUCCUGAACCCCACGUUCUUGUCCUGCGAUCGGUUCCUGUGCCAUUGUUCAGCAAUACCAUCGUUAUCGGCCAAUCCGCCGCAAGUCCAGUAGAAGAAGCCCUAGCUCACUACCUACGCACCGAUUUUCACACGUCAACAAAUUACAUAGCCCUACCAGAUCUUACUCAUUGCCAUAUUCCCCCCAGAACACUAGUCAUCUCCACACUCGAGAUUGAAGAUUCGCUCCUCUCCAACCCGAGUCCCGAACACUUCGACGCUGCAAAGAGGAAAAUUGAGCAAGCAAGCCAUAUCGUCUGGCUAUACGGGAUGUGA